AAUAUUAUGCGCCACCGUCUGACCUAAUUCCUGGGCCAAGUAGAGUUUUUUCUACCGUCUCCUUCCCGUGGUUCAACUAUUCAAACUUCAACGGUCAACGUUCAAAUCAACUGCAGGCUCUUCUCGUUCAACAAUUAAACCAAAAUUAUAUAAACGCCAAUCGAUCUCCGCGAUUUCUUCCAACUCCAACUUAAAUCUGAAGAACUCAUUCCGAUCCUAGCUACUUCUUGAUUCUUCAAGAGAUUUGGGGUUCAUGGCCAUGGCAUGGAAGAGGAGAGCCAAGUCCAAGGCCAAGCCGGCCACGGAAAUACCGGAGAUCGCCGUCCCGCCGCACUUCCGGUGCCCGAUAUCGCUAGAGCUGAUGAAAGACCCGGUGACGGCGUGCACCGGCAUCACCUACGACCGACAGUCGAUCGAGGGGUGGCUCCAGCGGGGGCAUAUCACGUGCCCGGUCACCCAUCAGCAGCUGCGCUCCGACGAGCUCCUCCCUAACCUCGUGCUCACCCGGAUGAUACAAUCCUGGUGUGGCGCCCACCGCGACGCCGGCGUCGAGCGCAUCCCCACGCCCAAGAUCCCUCUCUCCGCGCCGCAGGCGGAGGAGCUCCUCUCUGAGCUCGCCGCCUUCGCCCGGCGGCGCGACGCCGGGAGGUGCGAGCAGCUGGCGGCGAGGGUGAGGGCCCUCGCGCGGGAGAGCGAGCGCAACCGGCGGUGCCUGGCGUCUAACGGCGCGGGAAGGGUUUUGGCGGCAGCCUUUUCGGCGUUCGCCGCCAACUAUGCUGAACUUCCGGAACUUCUGGAGGGAGUGCUGGCCGCAAUGGCGGCGGCGGGCAUGGCGACGGACGACGAGGCCGCUUCAUUUCUCGCCGCGCCGGAGCCCUUGAACCUCCUCGCGGAGAUGCUGAGGCACGGCAGCCUGGCCGCACGGCUCAACGCGGCGAUGGCGGUGAAGUCUCUUCUGGCGACGACGUCGAGCAAGCCAAUUUCCGAACUGGUGUCGGCGACUGAGGGGAUGGUGGAGGCGCUGGCGAAACUCGUCAAGGAGCCGAUCUCCCAGCAGGCGAUGAAGGCCUCGCUCGCGGCGAUCUACUACAUGGUGAGCGAGGACGAGGGGGCGGCGGAGUCGGUGGUGGAGCAGGGCGUGGUUCCGGCUCUGGUGGAGGUGCUAACGGAGCCGGAGAGGGGGAUGUGCGAGAAGGCGCUGGCGGUGCUGGAGGGGGUGCUCAGCUGCGAGCGCGGCAGAGCUGCCGCAUGCUCGCACGCCCUGGCGGUGCCGGCGCUGGCGAAGAGGAUGUUCCGGGUGUCAGAGGCGGCGACGGAGCUGGCGGUGUCGGCGCUGUGGAAGCUAUGCGGGGACUGCGGGAAGUGCUCGCGGGAGGCUGUCCAGGUGGGGGCGUUUCCGAAACUGCUGCUGCUACUGCAAAUCGGGUGCGGCGAGGAGACGAAGGAGAGAGCGACGCAGCUGAUUAAAUUUUUGAACGAGAAUUGUUCGGGGAAGAACAUCGAGUGCGCCGACACCAUGGAUUUCAAGGGACUCAACAAAUUAUAAUCUAAUCGAUCGAUCAUGUUCAUCAAAUCAAAUCAAAUCCAACUAUCAAAUCCACUCUGAUAUUUUGUUUUGUGUCAAUAGUUCACUCGCUCCAAGCUCCCAAAAGGGAGGAGGAGAGAAGAUCGCUGUUCUGUGCGCUAGUGCAAUUAGGGCCGAGUAAAAU